CGCGGACGGAAUGACGACAGAGGAACACCCCUUCUCUCGCACUCGUAGUAGGUUAGACGCUACAUAAGCCGAUGAGAGGCUCCCCUCCCUCCCGCCCUCUUACUGUAAGCAUCUCUCUCACUCAACUCAGCACCUCCCACCCACCAUGAGCUUGUCGUGCGCCUGCUCCUGCUGCCAAACUCGAGGCUGCUCGCCAGCCUUCGUCGGCAACGUAGGGGUCUCCGACAGAGCCCUCUGCAUGGCUGACACCUGCAACCGCUCCUUCCCAGGGCCCUGUGCUCGCACUCCCGCCGGCGGCGCUAUCAACGCAAUCAUUUCCACAAACAACAACAACAACAAUAACAACAACAACAACAACAACAACCGUCGGGGCGGGGUUCAGAUAGGCCUGAUUGGCGGUGUGGUCGCCGGCGUCGUUUUUCUGGCCAUCGUGGCCUGCAUUGUGGCAAUGUGCCUCCGUAAACGCCGCCAAAAGAACAUUCCACCACCAGUGGCCACUUACCCCACCCCUCUCGCUCCCGGCGGUCCGCCGCCGUAUCAGCAACAACCAGGUCCCCCCUACGCAAACCAAGCAGCCUACCCCCCACCACCCCUACAACAAUCCAACAACAACAGUCGCUUCAACGGCGCAGGGAUGGGCCUAGGCGCGGGUCUCGCCGGCGGCGCACUCGGCGCCAUCGCAGUCAACCAACUCUCGCAUAUGGGUGGGCAUCACCACAACCACUACGGCGACGGCUAUAACGAUGGGUAUGGGAAUGGCUACGGCGGUGGAUAUGGGAAUGGCGCGGGUGGAGCAGGAGGAGGCGAUUUCUACAACCAGUCGGUGACCGAGACCAGCCAGCCGUGGGGCCAGACAACGGAUACUUUUGUGCAGAGUGGGGACGGUGCCGGCGGGUUCACACAGAGUGAUACACAGACUUGGUAGUAGGGGCCCGCUGGUAUUUCCCCACAACGGCUUUAGGGUUAGACCAUGAGAAUCUUGUAUAAUCCUUCACCAGCGUAUUCCAUAAGCGUAAAGUUCCUCUUGCGAUUGGCGAUUCGCGAUUAAUGAAUGGUAGAUUCGAGAAUAAUGUACAGUACAGAAUAGCAUACAGUAAUAGAAAAGAGGCCUUCAUAA